GUGGGAUUUCCUUGCAAACAAGAAAACUCCAUCAGAUUGGCGGCAGAGCGUGUUUCCAAGAGGGGAGAAACAUGAUGAUGGUGAUGAUGAUGGAAGCACCACCUUGAUGGGAGUUCCAACAAUGCCUAUGAUAAGAAACCCGAUGUCUGCUCUUCUUUCUCAUGGGGAGGACCCGGAUCAGGGUCCAGUGACCUUUGAGGAGGUGGCUGUGAAUUUCACCCAGGAGGAAUGGGCCCUGCUGGAUUCGGAUGAGAGAUCCCUCCACAGGGACGUCACAGUGGAGAACCGUCAGAUGGUGGCUUCUCUCAACUGUAAGGAAUAUGGAAAAUCUUUUAUUCACAAUUCAGUCCUUUUGACACACCAGAAAGUCCACAGACAAAAAUUGUACAAAUGCCAGGAGUGUGGGGAAUGUUUUCCUCACAAUUCUAAACUACUGUGCCACCAGAGAAUCCACAGUGGAGAGAAACCGUACGAAUGCCAAAAGUGUGGGUUUGCUCACAAUUCACACCUUGUGACUCACCAGGGAAUCCACACAGGGGAGAAACCAUACAAAUGCCAAGAGUGUGGGAAAUGUUUUGCUCGUGGUUUUCACCUUUCCAGAAACCAGAGAAUCCACACAGGAGAAAAACCAUACAAAUGCCAAGAGUGUGGAAAAUGUUUUAUUCGCAAUUCUGAACUUCGGAGACAUGAGAGAGUCCACACGGGCGAUAAACCAUACAAAUGCCAAGAGUGUGGGAAAUGUUUUGCUCACCAUUUUGGACUUUGGAGACACCAGAAAGUCCACACAGGAGAGAAACCAGUGAGCAAGAAACGUGUUCUUUCUUGCCAGGCUCUGAUGACCUUUGAGGAAGUGGCGGUGAACUUCACCCGAGAGGAAUGGGCCCUGCUGGAUCCAGACCAGAGAUCCCUCCACAGGGACGUCAUGGCGGAGAAUCAUCAGACUAUGGCUUCUCUCACAGAUCAGGAAAGUUACGCCAGAGAAGAGCCCUACAUUUCCACCAUGUCUGGGACACGUUUUGCUGAAGAUGUGGCACGUCCACUUCAUGAGAGGCUACACACUGCAAAUUUCCUUUUUAGAAAAAAAGUAUCCAGAAAAGGUUGUGAUAGGAAACCACAACUUGUGAGCCACAAGAGCAUUGGAGGAGUAGCCAAUAAUCACCAAUAUCAGGAGCUUGGGGGAUCUUUGGACAUGAAUUUCCUCCUUCAGGUACAUCAGAGAGUCCACAAAGGAAAGAAUUUGUACAGUUGCCAGGAGUGUGGGAAAUGUUUUGAUAAGAAUUCACACCUUCUUCAACACCAAAGAGUCCACACUGGAGAGAAACCAUUCAAAUGCCAAGAGUGUGGGAAAUGUUUUUCUCACAGGUCAAGCCUUCUGAUGCACCAGAGAGUCCACACUGGAGAGAAACCAUACAAGUGUCAGGAGUGUGGGAAAUGUUUCGCUCAGAAUUCAAAUCUUCUAAAACACCAGAAAAUGCACACUGGAGAGAAACCAUACAUAUGCCAAGAAUGUGGGAAAUGUUUUUCCCGCAGGUCAACCCUUCUGCAACACCGGGCAGUACACACUGGAGAGAGACCAUACAAAUGCCAGGAGUGUGGGAUAGGUUUUUCUCGAAAUUCAAACCUUCUUGAGCACCAGAGAGUCCACACAGGAGAGAAACCAUACAAAUGUGGCACCGAGGUUCCUGUGUUGUCCACAUGA